AUGGAAUAUCUUCAAAUGGACCUCGUAGAUUUCACAGCAUACAAAGAUAUGAACGAUGGGUUUUCUUGGCUUCUUACAGUAGUUUGUAUCUUUUUGAAAUUUUUGUGGGCUAUUUCAAUUAAAUCUAAAGAAGCUAAUGUCGUUGGUGAAGCUUUGAUUUCUUUAUUUUCUCAAUGGGAUGCACUAUCCAUCUUGCAAUCCGACAAUGAUAAAGAAUUUACUGCAAAUGUUACUAAAU